AUGUACUUAUUAUUAGAUCCACAAAUUCCAGUAAACGCAACAACAAUAUCUAUUUCGUCCUCUUACAGUAUAAGUAGCAAAAAUCCUUGCAUUUACUUUUCUAUGACUUUCCUUUGUCAUAUUUCUCUGCCAACUUUGUAUAACUAUCAAACCGUGAUAAGUGACACAUUUUCUUAUAUACGGCCCUCAGUAAAGAAGAACAAAAUGCGAAUAGGAGCGAUCCUUGACAGGCCUGAGCUCUGUAAGAGUUAUACUAACCGCUUAGAGGUGCUAAAACGCUCCCAUAGGUGUCGACAGUUUUCUGUGAUUUUUUUCAUUUUCUUAUAUCUACAUAAGCUAUUAACCUAUAUGGAAGUCUAUUUACAUGAAGAAUCCAUAGCAAGGCAAGUAAUUACGGUAGCAAACAUUGAAUCAGGUUUUGAAAACUUGCAAUGCACUUUCUAA